AUGUUUGUUAAUGGAACAUUUGAUUAUGGUGGCCCUCCACACCUUCAAGCCAGCUCUGCCAUUACCAGGAAGAAGCCAAAGGUCCCCAUGUCAGCGCACACUCAGGAUGAUGUUAUGGGUAUUGUGGCCAAAGACACCAUGACUACCAUCCAGAAAACCAACUUGCGUUCCGAGGUACUCAUACCUCCUCCAUCACAUCCAUUUAAGCUUGCAAAGCGACUCCCUACUAAACCAGUGCCAGCUCCCAUAGAAAUUCUGUCCAGUACAGAUGGUGUUGAGAAGCCUGAUGAGGAGCCUCUCAACUCAUCCAAUGGCAAAAUCCAUAGUGAGGAUAAUGCCGACUAUGGUGAUUUUUCACAUUCACGUUCAUGGAAGCUUGAUACCAGAGUUGUACAAGCUAUGAAAAAGCAUGUACAACCAAUUGGGUUAGAGGAGGAGAUGGCCAUUGAGAACAAGCCAAGUGCACAAGCCACAGGCAAGGCUCAUGCCAAAGGAGGGCACUCAUCUCCUCUCACAGUAGGGUUCUCAGGAGAUGAAGAACAGCAAUCACAACCUGCUAUAGACAAUGCAGCAAUGCACCUGUGUGAUGGACCUCCUGACAUUGUGAAAGGAGGCCAACCUGCUCUCACCAAGACCAUGCGUCUCUUGCAAGAAGAUGAAGACUCACAGAAUAAUAGCAGAGCUGUGCAGCCUGAGACAUUAGUUGAUCAUUUGACCUCUGUGCAAGUCACUGAAGCACCCAUUCUUCUGGCAGUGCCAUCUUCCCCAUGUAAAACUGAACUUCCUGCCAAACACACAGGUGGUAAUGGACAGUCUGGCCAUGUCCAAGAUGUGCCUCCCCCACUACUGCAAAAUCUAACAUGUGCCCCAUCUGAGGAUAUUUGUCCUGGCCCACCAUUUCUAACCUUGAUGCACCAGAACCUUGCCAUGUUGACCCUUGUGGGGCCACAACAAUCACUCCCAUGA